AUGGCUCCCAAAGGCUCAGGAUCUAGGGGGGCAAAAAGUGCCAAAAAACAAAAGGGUUCCCCCUCGGAUUCUGAGGAUACGAGUCAGGCUAUGCCAGUACUCUCCCCACCUGUUAACCCAGGGGUGGCCGCCUUGGUUGAGCCAGCAGGGGGGUCUGGUGCGGAGGCUGGCCCAGAUCCUCCCAACCCGGUGUUUGUCACCAAGGAAAUGCUAGCUGUCUCCCUAGGAGGGCUAGAGAAAAGAUUGGCAGCUAUGUUCACUAAUUCUUUGCCAGGCAAGAAGCGAACUAGGUCCCCUUCGCCAAAGUGUGUAUCCUCAGAUGCUGAAGUUUUCUCUCCGGAGGAAUUAGAAUUUCAGGAGGACCUGUUGGACCAGAACCUAGAAGGUUCAGAGCUGGAGGAAUCUACUGUGGAGGAACCAUUCUCAGCCUCCCAAGCGGAGAGUUUUUCAGUGAAGUCCCAUCUUUCCACACAUCAGAGAUCUCACAGGGAGGAGAAGCCUUUUUACUGUUCUCAGUGCGGGAAAUGUUUUGCAGAGAAGUCCAAUCUUUACAGACAUCAGAGAUCUCACACGGGGGAGAAGCCUUUUUCCUGUCCUGAGUGCAGGAAAUGUUUUUUACGGAAGUCCCAUCUUUCCACACAUCAGAGAUCACACACGAGGGAGAAGCCUUUUUCCUGUUCUGAGUGUGGGAAAUGUUUUUCAGAUAAGUCCAAUCUUUCCACACAUCAGAGAUUACACACGGGGGAGAAGCCUUUUUCCUGUUCUGAGUGUGGGAAAUGUUUUUCAUUGAAGUCCGAUCUUUCCAAACAUCAGAGAUCUCACACGGGGGAGAAGCCUUUUUCCUGUUCUGAGUGCGGGAAAUGUUUUUUAGCAAAGUCCAUUCUUUCCACACAUCAGAGAUCUCACACGGGGGAGAAGCCGUAUUCCUGUCCUGAGUGCGGGAAAUGUUUUUCAAUGAAGGCCAAUCUUUCCGCACAUCAGAGAUCUCACACGGGGGAGAAGCCGUAUUCCUGUCCUGAGUGCGGGAAAUGUUUUUCACAGAAGUGCAGUCUUUCCACACAUCAGAGAAUACACACGGGGGAGAAGCCUUUUUCCUGUUCCCAGUGCGGGAAAUGUUUUUCAGUGAAGUCCAGUCUUUCCAUACAUCAGAGAUCUCACACGGGGGAGAAGCCUUUUUCCUGUUCUGAGUGCGGGAAAUGUUUUUCAGAGAAGUCCAAACUUUCCAUACAUCGGAGAUCUCACACGGGGGAGAAGCCUUUUUCCUGUCCUGAGUGUGGGAAAUGUUUUUCAGAUAAGUCCAAUCUUUCCACACAUCAGAGAUCUCACACGGGGGAGAAGACUUUUUCCUGUUCUGAGUGCGGAAAAUGUUUUUCAAAUAAGUCCAAUCUUUCCACACAUCAGAGAUCUCACACUGGGGAGAAGCCUUUUUCCUGUCCUGAGUGCGGGAAAUGUUUUUCAGAGAAGUCCAAACUUUCCAGACAUCAGAGAUCUCACACCGGGGAGAAGCCUUUUUCCUGUUCUGAGUGCGGAAAAUGUUUUUUAAUGAAUUCCAAACUUUCCAUACAUCAGAGAUCUCACACGGGGGAGAAGCCUUUUUCCUGUUCUGAGUGCGGGAAAUGUUUUUCAGAGAAGUCCAAACUUUCCAUACAUCGGAGAUCUCACACGGGGGAGAAGCCUUUUUCCUGUCCUGAGUGUGGGAAAUGUUUUUCAGAUAAGUCCAAUCUUUCCACACAUCAGAGAUCUCACACGGAGGAGAAGCCCUUUUCCUGUUCUGAGUGCGGAAAAUGUUUUUUAAUGAAGUCCAGUCUUUCCACACAUCAGAGAUCUCACACGGGGGAGAAGCCGUAUUCCUGUUCUGAGUGCGGAAAAUGUUUUUCAGAGAAGUCCAGUCUGUCCAGACAUCAGAGAUCUCACACGGGGGAGAAGCCUUUUUCCUGUUCUGAGUGUGGGAAAUGUUUUUCAAUGAAGUCCAAUCUUUCCAUACAUCAGAGAUUACACACGGGGGAGAAGCCCUUUUCCUGUUCUGUGUGUGGGAAAUGUUUUUCACAGAUGUCCUCUUUGAAGAAAGUGCCAUCACCACAAUCAAAUCUUCUUACACCCAAAAAGUGCUGCGGAAAAGGGAUGCGCAGAGCAAUUUGA